AUGGCCAAAAAGAACGCGAUCAUAUUCGGUGGGCUCAACACCUGCUCUCGGGCUAUCGCUGCGUAUCUCGUGCCCUCCGAUGGCGAGUCCCUUGUCGAGAAUCUGCGCAUCGUUGACAAGUACUCUGUUAACCCUCCGACGACCUACCUCGGCGCCGAUUUUCGCAGAGUGCUUGAGCAGCCGAACGUUUCCUACCGCCAAGCCAACCUCACGGUCCCCGCCACCGUCGCGGCAUGCUUUGAUCCGCCCGAGGGCCAAGAGCCGUACUCAUAUGUCUUCGAUCUUACGGGUGAAGUUCAAUGGGACCGUCCGGAGAAAGUGCAGAUCAACAACACCCUUCGUGUUGCUCGUCUCCUGGGACAGGAGGCUGCGCGCCGUGGCGUCCAGGCCUACGUCCGCAUCAUGCACCCUUAUUAUGAGUGCAAGGAGAAGGGUGCGCAUGACGAGAAGGAGGAUGUGAAGCCGGAUGGUGUGUUGGGGACGUGGUGGCAUGAGACAUUGCGGACGCUCGGUGCAAUUGAAGGGCUCAAUUUAGUUGUCGUGAGGAAGGCGUUAGUUUACGGACCAUAUGUCGACUAUGGACCGAUCAUAAAGUAUAUUGCACUGGCAGCUGUCUAUGGAUAUCUCAAGCAGCCUGUGAAGGCCUUGUGGUCUCCCGGAAAGCAGCCGUUGCACACAGUGCAUGCCGAUGACGUUGCUGGAGCGCUGUGGGCAUGUGCGGAAUGGAUGGCGAGCACCGGUGGGCGAGAAAAAGCUGAUGAACUUGCUGGCGAAGAGAUUCCCUUCAAGAAUGAUAAGAGUAAGGUGAAUGAAGUUGACGGCAUGGUGUCUCCCACCCAGAAGGUUGUUGUGCCCCUGUUUAAUCUUGAGGACGAUGGCAAGCUAUCGUUCUUGGAAGCUGCCACCAGGAUCUCGAAAGCCUUCGGAACGACCUUCGAGUUCUACAGCUUUGUCGUCAAUACUGUAGCAAAGUUCAAACUCGAAGAUGUCGUGGAGGAAACGAAUGAAGUCCACGUAGAAACAUGGACUACAAUGAUCACCGAAUCGAAUCCGCCUUGCCUCAACACGCCCUAUAGCCCGUACACUGAUGUCUACAACCUCAAGCGUCACUGCGUCGCUUUCGAUGCGUCGAAGUUGAAACGUAUUGUCGGUUACAAGCUUCAAUAUCCGGAACUCACCGAGGACACAAUACGUGACAUCGUUGGCAAACUCAAAGCGGAGGGCACUUGGCCGAAUUUUGAUUCAUGA